GAGUGAUGAGAGAGUCCGUCCAUGUGAUUUGUGUUAAGAUGCAGAGAGGUCUUAAUAAUAUUUUUGACACCUUAUUUUGUCAAGCCCUAGGAUUAUGUAACAAUGCUGACAACAUGAGUUCCCAGUUGCCCAAAUCAUCAUUCCAGCUGGUAGCGUCAUCCCCGCUGGGAAUCCCCGGACUGCGAAUCCUCGCUGGGAAAGGCAGUGCUCUCUCGCCUACUGCCUCCGGCGUUAGUGGCGCCUUUCCUCUCAAAUCACAAUCAUCCACCCUCUCACUAUCUGCUCCUCUCUACGUCGUUCAGGCCACACUCCGAUUGUGGUGGGUCUUUUCCUGCUACGCCACAUUCACCCACCCUCUCAUGUUCUUCAUCAGCUCCUCUGCCCACCCGUCACACCGCAUCGUUAGACCCUUCAGCGCCCUAUGUGCUUUCGGGCGAUUCUUCAGCCAAGUCCCUACCCGCGUCGUCCCCGCCGCUUCCCUCCCCGGCCGCCGCCGCCGCGUGAGCGCUGGUGGCGUCGACGGCGAAGAGCGGCGACGCGACGGACGCGGACUUCGGAGGCACCCUGUCGCGCACGCCGCUGCUGCUGCACCGACGCCCCGCGCUUGCCGUGGGCGCUGCUCGCUGCCGGCGCACACACCAACCCCGACGACGACGCCAACCCCGCCGGCCCUGUCUGAGAACUGCUCCACGCCGGUGCCAAGGGGGAAGCCGCGGCCGGGGGAAGCACACCGGCGAAGGCGGCGCCUGCUCCAACUGGGAGUUGACACACCUAUUCCUUUACACCGUGACUUUGUCAGACGCCUGUGUACAGUAUCGCACUCGCCGAACCUUAUAGAACGGGUUGGUCCAAGGACUCGGUCUGACGUUGGAGUUCAACUGGCUGGAGAAGCCCCUUUUGAAGGUGACGGCCACCACAGCACACCGAGAUUUUUUGGUAGAGGGGAUCAUUAUUUGGUAGAGGAGACUAGGAUGGAUAAAAUGCAACAUUAUCGAAAGCGAGGGGCUAGGUGCGUUCGAAUGACGAAGGGUAGAAGAUAUUACGUGACAAGCAGGGAUCAAUGUGCUGGUGAUUUUCCACAUUUUUAUGCCACAAUACUUUUUACCAACGCACAAGUCGCCUCACGUGAGGACAACCACCUUACUUUUGCCCGCGUGUUGCUGAAACUACCAUUAGCUAGAUUAUGCCACAAAUAA